AUGAGCACUGUAGUGGGGUUUUCGACUCUUUGCCUGGCUCGAGUAACGAUGACUGUCCCUGCCCCGAUCCGCUUCUACCGCAGAGUCGAGCCCAAGCAGUCCGAGGUUGCCGGGGUCGUAGUCCUUCAGGGGGAGAUAUGUUUCAAUGUUCAAGUACAGUCAUUGCACUGGUACGCCGGUACAGGUGGGCUCACUGAUGAGGAGGAGAGUCGUCUACUGUGGCUCCUUCAAGAGACUUUCCCUUGUACUGGCAGUGUCGUUACUAAGGAAACCUCUUUGCCGGCUACCAAGGAUGACCAUUCCACUGAAAUCGUCGAGGUUGGUCCACGACAACAGUUUGUCACAGCUUGGUGCACUAACGCUGUGAGCAUCUGCCUGUCUGCGGGUAUUGCUAGUGUGGAACGCAUUGAGAAGACAAGGCGGUACCUCAUCCGAACGCCGUCAUCUUCCGAAAUACGAGAGAAGUUCUUGGCUGAGGUACACGAUAGAAUGACUGAAAUGGAAUACCCCGCAGACUCGGGCGGCUUCCUUUACGCGGAAGCUGCAGAGCCGGCUCCAUGGGGUGAAGUGGAUGUGAUGUCAGAAGGGAAGGACGCUCUGAAAAAAUUCAGUGAUGAGCAUGGUCUAGGGUACGAUCCCCAGGAUCUGGAUUAUUACACCAAGCUGUUUAGAGACGAUCUCAAACGCAAUCCUACCACUGUCGAGUGCUUCGACUUGGCCCAGGGUAAUAGUGAGCACUCCCGUCAUUGGUUUUUCGGAGGGAAGCUCGUGGUGGAUGGAGAGGAGGUUCCUCACACGCUGUUCCAACUCGUAAAGCACCCCUAUAAACGAGUUCAGCAACGCGAGAAGGAGGGGGGUCGCCCCAAUGCCUCUACAGUGGCGUUCAGCGACAACAGCUCAGCAAUACGCGGAGCCGCCGGUGGCUUUACUGGUCUAUUGCCUGACUUGACCACGGGGGAAUUCUCGGAGGUCUCUCUUAUCUACGAUAUAACCUUCACAUGUGAAACCCAUAAUUUCCCAUGUGGCGUGGCUCCGUUCCCGGGAGCUGAGACUGGCACUGGCGGGAGGCUGAGGGAUGGGCAAAGUACUGGUCGAGGCAGUUUGGUGUUGGCGGGCACGGCGGCUUAUUGUGUGGGUGCUCUUUACCUUGAAGACAGCGAACGUGAAGUGGACUGGGAGGACAGGUCGUGGAAGUAUCCCGGCAACCUGGCUAAGCCGGUCGACAUCCUCAUACAAGCAUCUAAUGGUGCUAGCGAUUACGGUAAUAAGUUUGGGGAGCCUGUUAUCAACGGAUUUUGUCGGAGUUAUGGUGCUGUGGUCGGAGGGGAGAGGAUCGAAUGGGUGAAGCCUAUUAUGAUGAGUGGUGGUUUGGGUACUAUGGACUGUCGUCACCGACUCAAGCAGCUACCGCCGAUGCCAGGGGCGGCAAUUGUCAAGUUGGGCGGACCUGCGUACCGUCUGGGGGUAGGGGGAGGGGCGGCUAGCUCGAUGGUAGCGGGGGAGAAUCAGGAGCAUCUGGACUUCAAUGCGGUCCAGCGUGGAGAUGCUCAGAUGCUGCAAAGAGUGAACAGGGUUAUUCGUUACCUUGUCGAGAUGGGUGGAAACAAUCCGGUUUUGUCCAUCCACGACCAAGGCGCUGGAGGGGCUGGUAACGUGCUGAAGGAGAUUGGCGAGCCCACGGGUCUUGAAAUCGACAUGGGACAUAUGUUGACGGGCGACCCUAGUCUGUCGGCGUUGGAAUUGUGGAUAGCCGAGUACCAGGAGAACGACGCUUUGCUCUUGCCUGAGACUAAGCUGGGCCUAUUUGCUGAGCUGUGUCGCCGUGAGGGUGCACCGUGGUCGAAGGUGGGCAGUGUGGUCACUACUGGGAGGUGUAGGGUAGUCGAUAAGGAAGGGAAAGUACCAGUGGACCUGCCGUUGGACAAGGUGCUAUGUAAGAUGCCACAGAAGACGUUCCAUCUCAACAAGCCGAGAAUAGUUGAGCAUCAGCUCGGUGGCUUUGGAGGGGACAUAAAGCGGGCGCUGUGGAAGGUCAUGCGCCUGGUUUCGGUCGGCUCGAAGAGGUUCCUAUGUAACAAGGUGGAUCGUUCAGUGACGGGUCUUAUUGCCCAGCAGCAGUGUGUUGGGCCCUUUCAUACGCCCCUGGCUGAUGUGGCGGUCACCGCUACUUCCAUGUUGAGUCUACAGGGCUCGGCGACUGCUAUUGGGGAGCGGCCUAUUGUGGGACUGUCUGGUGACGAUUCGGCCUUGCGAGCUAUGGCGAGGCUGGCGGUAGCAGAGGCUCUCACUAACUUGGUAUGGGUGAAGGUGGAGAACAUAGAGGAUGUGAGAUGCAGUGGGAACUGGAUGUGGGCGGCUAAGUUGCCAGGGGAGGGGUAUAAGAUGUUCAAGGUGGCGGAGGCUAUUGACGAGGUCAUGUGUGGCCUUGGGAUUGCCAUUGAUGGUGGGAAGGACUCUCUCAGUAUGGCAGCCCAGUGCCCCAAUAGAGAGGAUGGACCACAGGGCCAACAGAAGGAGACGGUGAAGGCACCUGGCGAGGUUGUCGUCUCGGUGUAUGCGGCGAUCUCUGAUGUGACGGUUAAGGUCACCCCAGAUGUGAAGCUGUCACCAUCUGAAUCAGUGCUACUGUUCGUGGACUUGGACACAUGCCCGUCCCUCAAGGGAACCUCUCUGGCCCAUGUUAUGCUGCAGAGCGGCCAUGUGGAUGGGGAGGGGCGGAUCAGCGAUGUGGAUGUGGAUCAACUCCUUCAUGCUUUCCUCGUUACACAGGACCUGAUCGCCCGAGGUCUCAUCUCAGCGGGCCAUGACCGCUCUGAUGGUGGGUUACUGGUCGCUGCGUGCGAGAUGGUGAUAGCUGGCGGUCAUAGCGGUUACCUCCUCUCCAUCGACGAGGCCAAUAUCCGUCCUGGUCCCGACGGCAGCCCUAAUGUGAUGGAGUAUCUCUUUAGCGAAGGCCCUGGGUUGGUAUUGGAAGUCGCCACGAGCAACGUGCCCACUGUGAUAUCGGCAUAUGGGGAUAAGAGUAAAUGUCGAGUAUUGGGCAACGGUGUGAGUGGUAGCACGAGUAUUGAGGUGGAGCUGAGGUCCAAGGGAGGGGCUCGAAGGCAGCUCAUGAAGGAGAGCGUGGGGGAUGUCCGACUGCAAUGGGAGAAGACGAGCUUCAAGUUGGAGCAACUGCAAGCUGACAUCAACUGCGUUAAACAAGAAAGAGAGAGAGAUGGCAGCGAGUUUUUGGAAUGCCGUGCUCUCCCUGUUGAUGUUAUUAUGAGCGACAUCGCCACGGGCCGAGUCACAUUACAAGGAUUCGCUGGGGUCGCCUUCGUGGGUGGUUUUUCGUAUGGAGAUGUACUGGACUCUGCCAAGGGGUGGGCGGCGAAGGCUACCUUCAACACUAGAUGCCGCGAUCAGCUGCAGAAGUUUUACGAUGAAGAAUGCACCUUCUCCCUCGGGGUUUGCAAUGGCUGUCAGCUGAUGAGUCUGCUGGGAUGGGUGCCCGGCAAAACAGACAAAGGCCAGCUGCUUGAGCUCAGCCACCGCCCGAGGUUCAUUCACAAUCGUUCGGGCCGCUAUGAAUCUCGUUUCGUCUCCGUCGCGCUAGAUGCGGCAUCACCCGCGACUGGUACAUGGUUCCGGGGUAUGGGAGGCAGCGUCCUUGGUGUGUGGGUGGCCCAUGGGGAAGGCAGGGCUCUUUUUCCUGAAAGGGAUGUCUACACCAAGGUUAUCGAGUCUCAUCUAGCGCCCCUGCGCUAUGUUGAUGAUCAAGGUGCUCCCACAUCGGUUUACCCCUUCAACCCGAAUGGUUCUCUUGAUGGGAUUGCUGGGCUGGUGACCCCUGACGGAAUAUUGUCGAGUGGGCGGAGAGCAGAAUGA